AUGGCUCCCGAUCCAGCUGCAGGCGGCGGCCCUCCCCCAUCCACCCUGGCUGCCGAGCUCGUGGGCAACAUCUCGACCACGGUCAGAUCCUCUAGGCCCGACGAGAACAACGAGCUCAAGCGCCUACUGGAGACGAUAGAGGCCGUCAGAAACAACCCAGAAUCGCUCAAGACUGUGGCUGAGCGCGUCGGGCACAAUCAUGUGCUGAUCUAUGUCUACGCAUGCGUUGUGCUCGACGGUCUCAAGUGGGAUGACCCAUUCACCAGUCGUGACCAGCUGAGGCUCAAAACUGAGCAUGCGGUGCAGUUCCUGAAGAUGACGAUACAGGAGACACCCCAGGUGCUCAAAUACACUGCGGAUGUCGGCGCAUUCCUCCAUCGGGGCCGGGAGCCCUUGUGGGUUUGGCUGUUUCCGAAGCUCCUCAAGAUGCUUGGCCAUCCACAUUGUCUGCCCUUGAUACCCACACUAGAGUCCUUCUUUCAUUUUGUCCUUGUAGACGCAAGCAACUCUGCAGGCCUCUGGAACAUCUUCGAGCCCAUGUAUACCUACCUGCAGGCCAACUUUCGAUCCAUCAUAGCGCACCUGGAUUCGUCCUUUCUACAGAGCCAUGGGCUAGAUCUGGCGCUGCCUCAACAAACCCUUCUGGAUCUUCUCCUGCCUCAUCUGUCCGGCUCCGACGGAUGUCGAGGCUGGUUUUAUUCCCCUGUCGACAACAGCCACGCUCUCCGGCAUGCUUCUUGUCUCCUCAAUAUCCUCCGCGCUGCUAUGGUGCCGGAGAACCAGCCCAGAAAACAAGUCCUGUCCUUCAAUAAGCAUCUAUCGUGGUUGAUCGACUCGUUUGAAGUCUUGAACGAACAGCAGAAGACAUGGCGAAAUUAUAAGCUUGAUUCCAUCAUCGUACUGCUUGCGGCAGAUGUGGCAGAGUUUCUGGGCGAGUUCUACAUGGAGGCGCAGAGUGCCGACGCCGCCACUACCACCCAAACCAGCAAGACUUUGGCCUUUGCUCUUUUACAUCUCACGGAUGCUUCGAGCAACAAGAGGCCAGUAGCGAAACUCGUUACCGCAAAGUUGCUGAAGCUGUUGGACAGACUCCGAGUCGAGGAUCACCUCAAGGACAAGGACUUAGAACGUCGCCAUUUUACCUGCUACCCAACCUUCCGCCCAGGAUGGCGAGCGAGCUGCCAAGCGGCCAAAAAUGUCACACGAGGCUUCCACCGGGCUACUGCUGCAUAUCGUGAAGCGACUCUUAGAUAUCGAAGACUCGCUGUUGGAAACCUCCUAACAUUCUCCCGUACAACUAGGAAUUGCUUGUCAGAGGCAGAUGAUCCCGUGCGCUGCUUAGUACUAGACCUGCUAUGCCGCCUGCUCUGUGCCUCUGAUGGCACGCUCGUCCUAGCACCAGCUGGCAGAGGUGAGAUGCAGUGUCUCGUCUGUUCGAAGCGAGACAAUGAGUCCACUCCGCCUGGAGAUCAAGACAUGGCAACUCAUUCAGCGGUGUUUUCGCUCUUCGUAAAACUCAUCAGCCUGUCCAGCUUUCGGAUCUCGCGACGGCCGAGAGUCGUUGCCAUGGUAGCACUUCGACGUGUCAUUCUGCACUGCAGCGAUCCGGACAUGUUGGAUCUUGAGAAAUCUGCACUUGGCCAAUGGUGUUUACAGGCCUUGAACAGCUCCCUGAGGGAGUUUCGAAUUGCUGCCGGAAGGGCCAUCGCCCUAUUUUUACGGCCCCGGGUGGGACAAGUGGCCGGACCUUCUGUUCUGAGUCGUAACACGGCCAAUGCUCUGAGCAUUAUGAGAUCUAUCUCGGACAAGAAUAAGCCCAACAUCAGCGAGACCUGUCUCAUGGCAUGGGGUCAAGUCGGUAUGGUGGUUUCGGAUGAGGGUCUCAAUUUGGUUCUCGUCAAGAUGCUCGAGUUUUUGGGUAAUCAGAACCCCAUCAUCUCCGCCGUCGCGCUCAACGAGAUGACGAAUCUCGCCAGCUGUCGGAAAACGACACCUCGACGUCUGCUCGAACCAUUCUGGCGUAACCUUGCCUACGCCACUGUCAAAGACAUGCUGACACGGCCCCAGACGACGCAGAUGGUGGCCGACCUGCUGAAAACCAGCAUCACAGAGCUUUUGCUGCUCAUACAAUCUCAUGCUUUGCCGUGGUUGGUACUGUACAGGAAGAAGGAUAUCAUCCAGAGGUUUCUCGACGCAAGACGAGAGUUGUCACGAUCAGAUCCGCAGAAGAUUGAGCCGCUAUGGAAGAUGCUCUACUUUGACGGAGCGAAUUUGAGCACUAUUCUUUCACGACUGCUGGUGCAAGACGUCCCCGACAUUGAGGCGUAUGCCAGGUCUGUCCUAUUCGAUGUCUGCCCAGAACUCGAAGUGCCCACCUUGCGGGAGCUUCUGUCUACAAACCCGGUCCCUACAGCCCUUGAGCUUCUGAAGAUGAGCGGCGACGGGGAUCAGUCCAUGAAGGCGUCUGCACGCUCUGCACUGGCUCUCGUGGCCGGGCUGCUGAUGCCAGACCAGGGUGGUCGGAGAAAGAGUCACCACGUCAUAGGUCGCUUCCUCUGCGCGCACGCCUUGGGCUUGUCAACCAGGAUGAUACAAGUCAUCACCGAUGAUUUGUCCAUCAUGCCACCGAUUCAGGAGAGAAGGCGGUGCAUCCGCGCCAUGGAAGAAAUGAUCGUGCUUGGAAAAGAGUACAUUCGCACCGCUAGACCACAGAUCUCCGUUUGCCUCCUAAGUGCACUUUCCCUCCCCGAUUUGAGAAGCGAUGCCUUCAUGUGUUGGUACUCGAUGCUCAACCAUAUGGAGGAGGAGGACGUUGAGGCCUUGAUCGAGACGACUUUCUUCAUCAUAGGACAGUACUGGUCUUCCUUGGACCAAGCCACACAAGAGAAAACCAAGUCACUGCUUCAGUUCUUGCUGAGUGAGCACAAGGACGUGUUAAAGAAGACCGCUCCGAAACUGCCAUCACUGGGCCACAUUGGCGAGCUCGCUGAGAUUUGGCAGAAAUUCGACGCCGGCCGAAUCGACGUUCGGAACACCUACUGUAUUUUUAUUCAACGGGUUUCUCAUGAAAAUUCUGGAGUGGUGGCACAGGCUUUAGCUGAGCUCUCAGCCUACCUCCGUCAGCAUCAAGGCUAUCUGCAGACAUCAGCCAUAAGUGAGCAGCCGGAUUCUGUAGUUACACAGUUGAGCCGAGCUUUACUCGACUGCGCAUCAAAGUACAAUAGCAGAGACGCAAAUAUCCCGCGGCUCUGCGCAGAAUGUAUUGGGUUCAUGGGAUGUCUGGACUCGACUAGGAUGGAGACUGCCCGCGAGCAGCGAGAAUUCGUCAUGUCGUCCAAUUUUGAGGACGCAGAAGAGACGACCAAUUUUGUCGGCUUCAUCUUGGAAGAGGUUCUCAUCAAGUCCUUCCUCUCUACCACCGACGUAACCUUGCAAGGGUACCUCUCCUAUGUCAUGCAGGAGCUUCUGAAAAGUUGCGACUACAAGGCAGCUGUUGCCAUGCAGGGCACCGAAAAGCAGAGCGAGCGGAUAUACCAGAAGUGGCAGAGGAUGCCCGAGGUUGUGCGCGAGGUGCUAACGCCCUUCCUAACAUCACAGUACGCCAUGAAGCCAAUCCCAGCUCCAGUCGUCGAAUAUCCCAUCUUUCGCGCAGGACGGUCGUACACCCUCUGGCUCAAGCAGUUCACCCUCGAUUUACUACACAAAGCGCAGAAUACAUUCGCGCAGCUCAUAUUCGAGCCUCUCUGUCGAGCAAUCAGGGUCAAAGACUUGUCGAUUGCCGUCUUUCUGCUACCCUACUUGGUCAUUCACAUGACACUGGGCCAGGUGAGCACAACCGAGGAGAAGGACGCGAUCUGGAACGAGAUACUCUUGAUCCUUCGGCAGAAUGUGUCAGUGAACACGUCUUAUCUGGAGAGGGAAGACAAGUACCUUUUCUACGAAGUAAGAGCCCCCCCCCCCCCUAAAACACCGACAAAAUAUGUGAUUGCUGAUGAGAGUCUUCAGGCUGUUUUCCGCAUCAUAGAUUACGCCAUGAGGUGGAUCCAAGUGCAGAAGGCCUCCCCGCUGACUAAAGCUGGCGAGAACAACGUCGCUCUGAUCCAGAAGAGGCUCGAUGCAAUACCAGCUGAGCUCCUGUCCCAACGUGCCAUCGACUGCAAGCAAUACGCCCGGGCCCUAUUCCACCUAGAGCCCUAUGUCCUUCGCCAGGAGGAAGAGCCGGGUCAAGAUGCUGCCAGUGUUCAGCGGGCCCUGGAUUCGCUGCAACAUGUAUACACACAGAUCGAUGAGCCCGACGGGCUUGAAGGCAUCUCGGCGAACCUGAAGGUCAUUGAUCUCAAUCAACAGAUCCUGAGCCACAGAAAAGCUGGGAGGUGGUCCCGGGCGCAGACCUGGUGCGAAGUUCAGCUUGCCGAGGAUCCCAACAGUGUCGACGUGCAGCUUGACCUCCUGACCUGUCUGAAGCAGUCCGGACAAUAUGAUGUGCUACUGAACUAUGUGAGCGGUAUGGCCACCGACGUGUCCACGAUCAACAAAAUUGCGCCCUUCGCCGUCGAAGCAGCUUGGGCUACGAGCAGAUGGGAGACUCUGCAGAAGUACCUGGAUUCUUACAAUGCUGGCAACCCUCUUGAGGAAUUUAACCUUGGUGUUGGCUCGGCUCUCCUUGCUCUCAAGGACGGGCAGACCAAUAUCUUUGCAGACCAUAUUCAGAAGUUGAAAGACCAGGCCGCCUCAUCCAUGUCCUUGUCUGCGACUGCAUCUCUUCAGGCUGCUCACGAGGCCAUGCUGAAGUGUCACGUCCUUGCCGAUCUCGACAUCAUCGCUGGAGAUCAUAAGAAGGAGACAGGUGACCAGCAGAAGACGAUGACCUUGCUAAGUCGCCGAUUGGAGGUGCUCGGGGCUUAUGUGAAUGACAAGCAGUAUGUACUCGGCAUACGCCGAGCGGCAAUGGAGUUGAUGAGGCCGAAGUUCACCGAUGGUGAUAUAUCUUCUCUGUGGCUCUCGAGUGCCCGCCUGGCUCGAAAGGCCGACUCUCUUCACCAGUCCUUUAACGCCGUCCUACACGCAUCACAACUUGGAGACGGAUCAGCUACCAUCGAGAACGCCCGGCUACUGUGGAAGGAAGGCCAUCAUCGCAAGGCUAUCCAAAUACUCGAAAACGCCAUUCAGACAGAUUCGUUUAUCGGGUACAACCUUGGACCGGCCGUGGCGCCUACUUCAAGCAAGGCCCCUGAAGUGCAGAGGAAUCUGCUGACAGCCCGCGCACACCUGUUGCUGGCAAAAUGGCAAGAUUCUACAGGACAGACACACGCCAGUGCUCUGCGUUCCCGGUACCAACAGGCGGCCAGGAUGCACGCGACCUGGGAGAAGGGCCACUACUACCUCGGUCGCCAUUACAAGAAGGUCCUGGAGUCCGAAAAGGCCCUGUCUCCAGACGAACAGAGUGACGAGUAUCUGACAGGCGAGACGGCCAAGCUUGUGAUCGAAAAUUACCUGCGAUCACUCAACUUUGGCACAAAAUACCUGUAUCAGACGCUGCCUCGCAUUUUGACCCUAUGGAUGGACCUUGGUGCGCAAGUCAACAAGGCCCCCGAAGGAAAGGUCUCACUAUCUAAGGAACUGCACCAACGAAGGAAGACUUUGUUGCACGAGCUCAACAAAUACUUUAAUAAGCACAUGCAACGCAUGCCAGCCUACAUUUUCUACACAGCUAUGCCGCAGAUUGUGGCCCGCAUCACACAUCCCAACCCAGACAUUGUUAGGUCCCUGCAGCAGAUCAUCGUCAAGAUUGUCGAAGCCCACCCUCGACAGGCUCUGUGGGGCCUCUUUGCGAUCAUGACUACCAGGCAGUCUGGUGAUCGGGCCAGACGAGGCAACCAGCUGCUCCACCAGCUCCGCGACAGUGACCUCAAAGGCGCCGACGGCACGUCGUUCAGUCUGCCCCAGCUCUGUAGGAUGGGGGAGAAGCUUGCCGAGCAGCUGCUUCUGGCCUGCAAUAACGGCGACUUUCAGAGCAAUAGGACGACACAUGCCAGUAUCACGCGGGACCUCAACUUCAACCACAAGUGCACGCCUUGCCCGCUCGUGGUCCCCAUCGAGACAUGUCUCACGGCUACGCUCCCCACAUUAACCGACAACAUCAAGAAGCACAAGGCCUUUUCUAGAGAUGUCAUAGCCAUCGACAGUUUCUUGGAUGACGUUCUCGUUCUCGGAUCGCUCGCCAAGCCGCGGCGACUGACAGCGCGCGGGUCGGACGGAAAACUGUACAACCUGCUCAUUAAGCCCAAGGACGACCUCCGUACCGACCAGCGGCUUAUGGAGUUCAACGGAAUGAUCAACCGAUCCCUCAAGCGCGACGCAGAGUCGAGCCGCCGACAGCUGUACAUCCGCACCUACGCCGUGACGCCGCUCAACGAGGAAUGCGGCAUCAUCGAGUGGGUGGACGGACUCAAGACGCUCCGUGACAUCCUGCUCGGAAUCUACAAGACACGUGGGGUUGCCCCCAACUACGGACAGAUCGCUCAACUGAUGAAGGAAGCCACAUUGUCGGACAAGAACAUCUCGAUGUUCACAGAGCAGAUCUUGGGCAUGUUCCCGCCCGUGCUGCCGAGCUGGUUCAUGUCGCAGUUCCCUAACCCGUCGGCCUGGUUCGCUGCUCGCCUCACGUACACACGCUCGUGUGCGGUCAUGUCGAUGGUCGGCACGAUCCUGGGCCUGGGCGACCGACAUGGCGAGAACGUCCUGCUGGAGGAAGGCAACGGCGGCGUGUUCCACGUCGACUUCAACUGCCUGUUCGAUAAGGGACUUACCUUUGCCCAGCCAGAGCGCGUCCCUUUCCGGCUCACCCACAACAUGGUGGCGGCCAUGGGCAUCUACGGCUACGAGGGCCCCUUUCGACAGUGCAGCGAGCUGACGCUCAGCAUCCUCCGGCAGCAGGAGGAGACGCUGAUGACGAUCCUCGAGGCAUUCAUCUACGAUCCCACGCUGGACCUCCAGCGAGACAAGAAGCGGAAGAAUGACCUGGUCAGGCUGAACCCUACAAGCGUGGUCGAGAGUAUCAGGAGGAAGGUGAAGGGGCUACUGCCUGACGAGAGUAUCCCUCUCGGUGUGGAGGGCCAGGUGGAAGAGCUGAUCAGGCAGGCCACAAAUCCCAAGAACCUGGCCUCUAUGUAUAUUGGGUGGUGUCCUUUCUUGUAAUUUCCUAAUUCACCACCACCAAGUAAUAUCUCUCCCAUUCUUUAACUGCCUGCUCGAGAGAUUAUGCAGGGCUUGAAGGAUGUUGCUUUAUUUGUCGUUGAUGGACUGUUGGGCUCAAUAGGCACUGAUGCCGCAGCAUGUGAUUCCUGUUUCAAGGUUACUAUUAGAAAAGGCAGGGUGGGUGUUUACGUAAGCCACAACCCCUGACUAGUCCCACCUCC